AUGAAGAUACUUUUCGCGCUCUUUGCUGGGACUCUUUGCCAGACCGUAGUAGAGUCGACCAAAUCAAAUCCGAUAGUGCUCACCGGCACCUGUCUCACGUUUUCGCAAGGCCAAUGUCGAAAACUCGCCGCCUGGCACGUCUACAAAGGCGCGAGUCUGGUAGACAAAAUCAAGAAAACGGAGAACAUUGACCGCUUCGAAACUGACGUUGUCGAUGCUCUCGAUGCUUCAAACCUCCAUCGCUACUUUCGUCAGGACCAGACGAAAAUUCUCUUCGGCGAUGUUGUCGAUGGAAAGCUCGUUCUUGGAAGAGAAGUGAGCAAUGUCUACUCGAAGAGCUUGAAUACCAUCACCGACGUCAUCCGAAUGGAAAGCGUCAACAGUAAAGAAGCCGAUUUCGACGAACCAGCAGUUGACCGAUACGAGCCGGAACCAACCGAGGCUUACGCACCCAUUCCUCCAACUAAAAAGCCCGAGACAACAACAACUACCAAAAAGCAAGUGAUUUCCAUCGAACCAGAGUACUCUGAUUCGUCGGACAGCAACAAAAGCGAAGAUCAAACCGAGUCGCCACCGAUUAAUUUCCUCCCGGUUGAAGAAACUGAAGCUGAGCCUGAUGAGAAUAUCUUCGAACCUCAAGUUAUUGAGCCCGAGCUUGAGCCAGUCGAAUGCACCUACGAAUUCGGCAACGAAGAGGAACUCUGCUCUUGUGCUCUUCCGUUCGAGCCGCUGCAAACUAUCUACCUCGAAGCGUUCGGCGUUGGUUGUGAAAACAUGUCGAAAGAAAAAGUGAUUGACUGCCGGGAAGCGUGUGCUCAUCUGUUCGAAGAAGCUUCCGGUGAUGAAGAAUCCUCUGGCGACAGAGUCGACGAUGACGAAGAUUACGACGAUGAAGAUUACGAAGAUUAUUCGAGCGAACGAGCAUCGAAUCCUUCUGGCUACUCUCUUGAAUACGAAGAAGAUCCUUACAGAAGCUCAGCCCCGAGUGCUCGAUCCUGA